UCCUAUGGGCGUUUUUGUUGUCAUUUUAUCAGUUUUUGUUCGCUGCCGUGACACCGAGUUGUGGUUGGCGAGUUUUAAAGUACUUUUAAGACUUUUUCUGGUCCAGUUUAUAAUGAGAAUUGUUUUUCACAAUGUCCUCAAUCGCGCUAAUAUUAAUUUAAGGGCUAUCGAAUCUCUAGGAGCCUCACUAUACCAACUUUGAGUGUGUUUCACCCCGAGCAAGUAACCCCUUUCUCUGGGAACUUCUACUAUGCCCUCUGCAAUUAGUGUAGCUUAUUAUCUCUAAUCAUCCAAAGCAGAUUUGUUUUCUUUCCUCUAAAAAUGGCUAUGGGCAAAGCGUAUCGAGUUCUGGAGAAGGUCAAGCCUCCCAGUCCGUACAGUGUUCUACUGGAGCACAGGUUUCGGAAUGAAUCUCUUCUCUUUGAAUCACAAGCUGUCGCUGUUUUGUCUCAAGAUGAAAGUGAUUUCGUGAAGAAGCAAUACACAAAACUUCUGGAUGCUUAUGGUUGUCUAGGUGUUCUCCAGUUGAAUGCAGGUGAAACCAGCGUCCUGUAUUUGCUAAUGGUAACAGGCUGUGUGUCGGUUGGCAAAAUCUUUGACUCGGAAAUAUUUCGAAUAACGCAAACCUCCUUCAUUUCACUGAGGAACCAAGCUCAAGAUGAAGAGCGAAUAUCAGAAGUUAGGAAGCUGUUGAACUCGGGCACAUUUUAUUUCAGCUGGUCCUCAACCAGUGAGCCGCUAGAUAUCACACUGUGUGCUCAACGCAGAUGCAAAACAAAUAUAACAGACAAUAGAUUCUUUUGGAACAGAACAUUGCAUAUUCAUUUGCUGCGUUUUAGUGUCCCAUGUGAUGCUUGGUUGCUAAAGACCAUGUGUGGCAGCAUUGAAAUUCGUACUGUCUAUGUUGGACAUCGUCAAGCAAAAGCUGUCAUAAUUUCUAGGCUCAGCUGUGAGAGGGCUGGAACAAGAUUUAAUGUCCGAGGAUGCAAUGAUGAGGGUCAUGUGGCGAACUUUGUAGAGACUGAACAAAUUAUUUUUCUAGAUGAUGAAGUUACAUCGUUUAUUCAAACAAGAGGCUCCGUUCCUUUGUUUUGGGAACAACCAGGAAUUCAGGUUGGAUCUCAUAAAGUGAAAAUGUCUCGAGGACUCGAAUCUUCUUACUCGGGUUUUGAACGUCAUAUGAAGAUGACGAAAGAACGAUACGGUUCUCAAGUCAUCGUAAAUCUCCUAGGCACUAGUUUAAUUGGAAGUAAAGAAGGAGAGGCAACUCUUAGUCAAUUUUUCCAGGAAAGCCAUAAUUCAUCUCCUUUUCUGGAUGAAAUCCCCCAUGUUGUAUUCGACUACCACCAAGAAUGCAGAAGUGGAAAUCAAACAAAUCUGAGUAAAUUGAAGGCAAAAGUAGAAAAAUUCAUCGAGAUGCAUUCAUUUUUCUAUUCUAAAGGAUUUAGCGUUUUGAGUGAACAAAAGGGAGUAAUUCGGACUAAUUGCUUGGACUGCUUGGACCGUACCAAUUGUGUUCAAACGUUUUUUGGAUUAUACGUCUUAUUGAAACAGUUGGCUGCCCUUGAUCUGAUGGACAAGCAGCAAAUUGUAUCACGAUUUGAAGAAGUGUACAAACAAAUGUGGGUGAAUAAUGGUAAUGAGGUCAGCAAAAUUUAUGCAGGGACAGGUGCAAUACAAGGUGGCUCAAAGCUUAUGGAUGGUGCUAGAUCUGCGGCAAGAACUAUUCAAAAUAAUCUCUUGGACAAUAGUAAACAGGAAGCCAUAGAUGUUUUAUUAUUAGGAAAUACAUUAAAUAGUGAACUUGCUGAUAGAGCACGCACGCUUCUAACUUCUAACAUGUUACAUGCACCAACCAAUGUACUGCGUGAAAUGUGCAAAAGGUAUACUGAAUUCGUGAGUGCAGCAAGUCUGAGGGUGGCAGUCGGAACCUAUAACGUCAACGGUGGUAAACAUUUCCGAAGUGUUGUGUAUAAGGAUGCUUCUCUAUCGGACUGGCUCCUGGAUGCAUAUGACAUAGCCAGUAAAAACUUCCUAGUAAAUGUUCAAUCUCCAGGGAAUCCCGUAGAUAUUUUUGCGAUUGGUUUUGAGGAAAUUGUUGAUCUUAAUGCAAGUAACAUCAUGGCAGCUAGCACGGAGAAUGCAAAACUUUGGUGUGAAGAGCUUCAGAAAGUCUUGUCUCGAGAUAAUGAAUAUGUUUUACUAACUUACAUCCAGCUGGUUGGCGUAUGUUUGUUUGUUUUCGUCCGUCCAGAACACACGCCAUUUAUCCGAGAUGUUGCUGUCGAUUCAGUGAAAACUGGUUUCGGAGGAGCAACUGGUAACAAGGGCGCUGUUGCAAUACGAUUCGUUUUUCAUGCCACAUCUGUUUGUUUUGUUUGCGGUCACUUUGCUGCCGGACAGUCUCAAGUUGCAGACCGAAAUGCAGAUUAUGCUGAAAUUACCAGAAAAAUCUCCUUCCCAAUGGGUCGUUCGCUUAAUUCUCACGAUUAUGUUUUCUGGUGUGGAGACUUCAAUUAUCGCAUUAACAUGGAUAAAGAUGAAUUGAAAGAACUGAUAAAAAAUAACCAACUAGAAGAAGCACUUGCUCAAGAUCAGCUAAAGCAACAACAAGAAGCAGGAAACGUUUUCAAAAACUUCAUCGAGGGUGAUAUUACUUUUCCUCCCACUUAUAAGUAUGACUUAUUUUCUGAUGAUUAUGACACGAGCGAGAAGUGUCGUGCCCCUGCAUGGACUGACAGAAUUCUAUGGAAAAGAAGAAAACAUCAUCCCGACUCAGACUUACCUCCUGAUUGGAGCCAUGGCAGACUGAUUCAUUACGGGCGGGCAGAACUGAAACAAAGUGAUCACCGUCCUGUGAUUGCAAUUAUCGAUAUCGAGAUUUACAAGGUGAACCCUGAUCUGCGGGCGAAAGUCCUGAAAGAUGUCAUCCAGGACCUCGGCCCUCCUGACUCAACCAUCAUCGUACAGGUGGAGACAGAUGAAGAAGAAAAUGUGUUUGAAGAGUUAAUGCCAGCUUUACUCCAAGAGCUAUCGCAAGUUGGGGAAGUUGUUUUAGUCAGAUUUGUAGAAGAUACGAUGUGGGUCACUUUCAGAGAUGGACAAACUGCUCUUGCUGCGGCCAAAAAAGCCAACACUCAGGUGUGUGGCUACAAAUUACAUUUAAGUCUGAAAACUCCUGAUUGGGUUGACCGAGUCAUGCACGAGCUAGAAUUUUGCUCUGCCAAUACAGUAUCUCUCUGUGAUUCGUUUUCAAACCUCUGUGCCAGCUCUAACACUGUUUCUGAUCUCAGUCCAGGUCACAGAGCUGUGGAUCGGUGCAAGUCCCCCUCAAGGCCUGCUCAACCGCCAAGACCUAAAGUCAAGGCUGGCGUUUUAAGCAUCCCCGUGAAAGAGCCCCCUCGACCACCACCUCCAUCUGAUUAUCAACAGCCGAUUUCCGGUGGUGCAUUCCUGCGAGAUGAGCUGGAAGCUACCACACAAAACGACUCUGCAAUCUACGAAGAAAUAGUGUCGGAAGAAUUUGAGAGUGCCCCUAUUCCCUCUGGACCUCCACCGCCACCACCUGUGAUAUCUAACCCUCCGCCGCUCCCUCAUCGCACCCUACCUCCACCACCGAUCCCCAGCCGCGAGGCCCCACCUCCCAUCCCGGCUCGUAGCGGGGGUCCUCCACCUCUUCCGGCGAGACCUGUUUCUCGACCCAACUAAGCUUCAAGCAUUCCUCAAAAAAUUAUACUCACCUGAACACGACUUUUUUUGAAUUGGAAUUUAUAGAUAAAUCCAGGCGCAGUGCAACUGUUGUCUCAAAUUUUGUCUUUUUCUGAAAGUUCGAACUUUUCCGAUUUGCCGACAACAAAUUUUAGACUAAAAGUAGGUAUCUUUUUUUCAUCUAAUGAUAAAAAAGACACGUAAAAGUAAGCAAGGAGCACCUUUUAUUUUUUUGUAUAAAAAAUAACUUAAUAACUUACAAAGUAGUUCAGCGGUAGAAGAUUUAGUUUGAUUUCCUGUGUAUCAUAUGAAGUUGAAUUUUGACAUUUUGAAGUCAUGUGCGGACUUCACAGUAGAUAAAGGAGUUUGGUGAAGAGAGGUCAAACAAAAUAGUUGCAAACUUGGCAAAAUAUAUUUGAAGAUCAUUAAUUUAAUUUUUGUAAAAUUCUUGCUUGGCAUUAGUUUGAUAAGACCCCUGAUAAUAAUUCAACUUACAUUUAUAUUUUUCGUGUUUUUAAAAAAUAAGUACUUAUGAAAAUGUCUGCUGGCAGUUAUUUUAUGGAAAAGUUUGGACACUCUUAUCUUCCGAGGUGUUCCAGAGGAAAUAACUCAAACAAGCCAUAGUUUUUAUUUUUAUUUUAACUUUGAUUGGGCUUUCUCAAGCAACCGUAUGAAAUGAAAAUCUUGCCUGAUAUUCCAUGAUCUCAUCUGGAAAUUCUAUGUUCCUGUUUUUAUGAAUUCCAUGAUGACUGCUUUAUUUGAAGUGUGCAUAGAUAGUUAGGCCAAGUUUGAGCAAAAAUUGACUGAAUCGAUGAUUAACUUUGGAAUGGUCACUUCUAUACACCUAACAUUAUAACCUUUGUCUCAAAACUACCUUAUUUUUUGUCAUUCUUCGGGACAAGUGAGGAUUGCAUCCAUGAAUGAAAAUGUCUCUAGACACUAAAGCAGUAAAUGAAUGGUGUUUUGAAUUUGAAUAUUUUCUUACUUAAAAAUUUUUAAAGAUCGCAUUUGUAUCAUUUUGAUGUACGACAGAUGAACCUUACCUAAAUUUAGCCUAACGUCUAUGCAACUAUAUCAAAAUUAUUUGCUUGGCAUUGUACCCUCAAUAACAAUGUAUCUGCUAUAAUCAUUGUUUUUAGAUCAUAUCUUUACAUCUUUCUAUCUAUUCCAAGUCAUGAACGAUGAUUCCUGUUAAGUUUGUAAUAUUUAGUAUUAUUGUACGUAUGAUGAUUUUUGUUUAACUCCGUGUAUAGUGUCUGUUUUUGUAGACAUCGUGUAAAUUAAUAUUUAAGUCAAGUUUUUUGCCUCCUUUUGGGCUCUUUGAUUCCUCUUACUUUUUUUUAUAUUUAUUUAUUUAUUUUUUUUUUGGUGGUACCUACCUAAGUUUCUUUAAUGGCAAAGAUUCCCUAAUUGUGUCCACACAUUCUUUGUUUGGAUUAGUUGCAAAAAACUAAGUCUUCGUGAAUUCAGAAUAAUUUAUUUGACAAAUGAGGUACCCUUCUGUUAUUUUUUUUCCUCAGUUUUUUUUUUUUUUUUUUCCUCUCUUAUUUUCCUGCAUAAGGGAAGUUCAGAUAAUAGGCUAAUUUUGUUCUCAGCUGAAUUUUUCAGAAUCUGUCACAAAAACUGUGACAUUGACGCGUGCAUGGAAAAAUAUUGGUGCUUUACAUUCCUCAACUAUUGGAAUUCUAGAUUAUUGCAACAUUGUUAGGCAUCCUUUGUCAGCUGUUAUAACCUUCCCAUCUGAUGCCGUUCGGAAAUUCAUAUUUCUGGUAAAUAAUAAGUUCUUUAUCAAACCCCCUUUUGUAUAAUGUAAGAAAAAAAUGCAAAAACACCAAGGUGAUGAAUGAUAAGCCCUAAAAAAAGGAAAUAAACGAUAGAUCAUUGACUGAAACUCAUAUAUAUUUUAAAAAAGGAAUGGCGCUUCUCAAAACCUUCAUGGUUCUAUCGUCAGGGCCAAAAUUGACUGCGAUGAUAGACAUUAUGUAGGCUUUAAUUUGUUCCUCUUUCAACAAAAAUGAAUGUGAGUUUAAAUUUGAUUUUUCUUGCUCUGUUAAUUUCAUUCUGAUGAGUUGAUUCUUACACUUUUCAUCCUGCAAGUAUACUCUUUCCUUUCCUGAAGUCCAGAGUUUCAAUCGUAAUUACUUAUUACUUAUUCCUUUUUGAUGCCUAAGAAAGAAUACUGCUGAGCUUUAAUUAGAAAACCUCAUUUCGGAGCUACGAAAACAUUAUCUCUGACUUUAAAAAUGAGGAGCAGAUUAUUGUAGCCAAUUCAGCGCACUCCUGUCUUAUUCUCCAAGAAAGAACAAGAGAUUUGUUCAUUUCAUAAUGCAAAGUACAUCUACGUUUUAGGAAAGUAAAUCACUAAUAACCACAUUGUCAAUGUUGUCUCCUAGACAAUGUUUCAUCAAGUGUAAAAAAUUAAAUCAUUGUCUGGGGUGUGUUUGAUCAAGAAUAUUUUGUUAAAUCUCGGUGGCUUCAGAUGGCUAGGUGCUGUUUUUCUGACUUCUUUCAAUUUACUUAUUUGUUUGUAGAUUUAAGUAUAUUUUCUCCUAUUGAUGAUGAUCUUUCAGUUCAAGGGAUAAAACAUUACAUUCCCUAGUUUUUUAAUUAACUCAACUGUACCUGUUCCUUUUUUUCUUUAUCUUUAAAAAAAUUUGCAACAUCAGCCAUAUCUAAAGCUCUCUGUGAAUUAAAUACUAUCAAUAGGGGAAAAGAAAACUUUUUUUUUUUUUUUUUUUUUUUUUUUUUUUUUUUUUCAAUAUCAUGUAGUCUCAAAGACGUUUUAAUGCAUUUCACACACAGAAAAAAAAAUUGUUCAUUUAAAAUAGGAAUUCUCUAGCAAGUCUCUCUCGCUUUUCUUUUUUCUGUGGUGAAGAGAAAGUUGAACGAUUUCAGCAACGUUGCCAGUGCACUUAUAUAUUUUCUCCCUACUUAAACUGGUCCAGUUAAAGUGCAAGCAAAAUUAUUAAUCGUGCACGUUCUUUGUGUCAUAAUUAUUCAACUUCAGUUGAACAAAAAAUCUGAUGUUAUAAUAGUAAGAUACUCUCUUUACUUACAUUUUUUUCUGUGAGACCUUCAGAGUGUAGCAAACCCUCUGGUCGUUGUGAACACAGCGGAGCAGAGAGGUCUUAUAAGUUUUAAACUGCCAAUAGAAAAUGAUUUCACCAGUUAUCUGAACCUUGUCACUGCAAAUCGAUGGUAUACCAAACUAUGUAUCUCGGUUUGCCACGCUGCAAACUUCCUGUCAUACGUUGUUUUUAAAUGGAAAACUACUCAAUAGUAAUUCUUAAAAACUGCCUUGAUUUUUCUUCUAUGUGUGAAGAAAAUUCUGGAAAAACUUCAAGAAAUGAUGUUGAUUUGUUAGCCUUUCGUACAAGAAAUAGAAGCAGGGAUUUUAAAACACUGCAAACGAGAUAUGUUGUUUGGGAGUUUCACCGCCAAAAUCUCUUAAUGGUGGCCAUGAAGAUUGUCUGCCCUUUAUAUCCCAUUCAAGCAAGCAUUUAAAUUUACAAAGUCCAAAAUGUUGCCUGUUGUUGUUGUAGACUUUAUUUUACUAUCAGAGUCUGUAUUCUUGUUUUGCUUAAUCAAACAUUAGUCAUUUCAGUUUUAAUCGUGUACCUAGCUAAUCCAUAGCUGUAAAGCAGCAUAUUGUGCAGAAACCUUUAAUUGUGAAGAUGAGGGUGCUGGAACCCCCCUAAUAGGAAGCUAAAGUUUUGAAUCUUCCCAGAAAAAUGGUGUUUUAGUGAUGAGAGUCAUCACCAGUUAUUUCUCAUUUUUCCGUUUGUAAUCAUUCCAAUAAUAUUUAGUUUCCUUGAGACUUUCUAAGCACCCUCAUGUCAGUGUGUGCAUUGAUCUGUUACUUAGUGUAGAAAAAAAAAUGUCAAAAAGGAAAAGACACCCUUUUUAUGGGCCUGUGGCCCUUGAUGAUUCGGGAACUAAAGUUAUAUGUAUGGAUUCUAAAAAUCUGGUCCAUUAAAUCAUUAUAAAAACUCUAAUUCAAGUCCGGGCAGUAGUGUAAAUGUGGAACGACAGAGGGAAUUCCCCCCAAUCUCACCUCCUCUAAAUCUCUACUAGAUCUUUAUUUUAUGAAUGCGAGUAAUUGGUGCGCUUCUUUCAAUGCCCUCCUCAAUUUUUCCGUUUUUAAUAAAAUCAAAACCGAUUUCCGUAAAUUAGCAGGCCUGAGGUGAAAAUUAAACUGAGGACUAUCUUGCUGGUAUGUCGUGUCCGAUUUCCACUCAAUGGAAUGAGUUCUUUGGUGUUUUAACACUGAUGAAGAGUUGAUCUACAACUAGAUUUUGCAGGAAACCCAGCAGAAUAGAUGGAAGUCCUAUGAAGGCGUUAAUGUAUGACCAGUAAAAUUCAUCGACUUAACUUCGAUUCCAGUAUUAUUAAGGGCUAAAUGCUUAUUUAAGGUGUCCUUGUUCCUUCGCAGUAAGUCAGAUACAAAUAAAAGUAUUGUUAAUAUAUCA